GCUACUCACUAGAAGAAGAAGAAGCAGUGUUUUGGUGUCCUUGUGGUUCGGAGUGAAAUGGGUUAUUGGGACGAACCAGACGGUACCGACUGCGUGGGGAAAACGUGGUUCACCACCAAAUUAGCCGCAGCUGUAGGUCUGGUUGGUUCAGCCUAUCACAUUGUGGGGUACCAACCCGAGUCUGCAGUAGAAGGGCUCCAGAAGGUUACCAAAGGCACCGUUGUAAUGGCCACUUUAGGAGCCAUCUUUGGGAUGACGACGUGUCUCGUUGCUGAAGCGCGUGAAGCCCCCGAUGAGCCACUCAACUACUUCAUUGGGGGCUGUGCGUCUGGGGUCUUUCUGGGAGCCCGAACCCACAGCAUUGUCACAGGCGCGUCCAUGUGUCUGUGUCUGGGAACUGUGGGCUUCUUCACAAAGGUGGCAAAGGUGGAGGGAUGGAAGAUAUUUGGACCUCCCGAAGUCUGAGAACCACAGAGAUUGAAGUCUGUUCUAACUAAAGAGUGUAUGUAUUCAUAUCA